UCGAAAUACGAUAGUUUUCGCGCUUGUUGCCGUCUCUCUUUCUCGGCGUCCCUCGACUUCUCUCCCCUUCCCACAUUCCCAUCACAAGCUCGCUGAGAUCGGAAACCAAACCCUAACUUCUGAUUCUUCGCCACUGCAGCUCUCCAAGACUGAUCGGCAUCUUCAACGAUCGAUUUAACUGAAUCAAACGGGGCGGGCACUGCCAAGUUGUUUCUUGUCUGUUUUGCACCAUAAUCGAUCUUGAACCUAUCGUUUGGUUGGCGGAGAAGAGACAGGAAAAGAAAGGGAAGAAAAGAAAAGGAAGUUCUGAAUCGUGUUCAUCUUCUUCCUUCACCACUCCGAGGGAGGAGUCCAAGGGAUUGGGCACCAGGAAAGCAAACGCAACAGAGAAUAGAAAGGGGAAUCACUAAUCAUCUAGGACAGAUAUGACUAGUGUUCAAGGCAUCAUCACUUCAGCUGCUGUUAACAUUAUAUCUGCAGUUGCAUUCCUUCUGGCCUUUGCAAUAUUACGGCUUCAACCAAUCAAUGAUAGAGUUUACUUCCCGAAGUGGUAUCUGAAGGGUAUAAGAGGCACCCCAAUACGUUCUGGAGCUUUUGGGUCAAAAUUCAUCAACUUGGACUUUAGAGCGUACAUAAGGGUUUUGAAUUGGAUGCCUGCAGCACUGAGAAUGCCUGAACCCGAGCUUAUAGAUCAUGCAGGGCUUGAUUCUGCUGUAUAUAUUCGGAUUUACCUUAUGGGCUUGAAGAUUUUUACCCCUAUUACUGCUCUCGCAUUUUUGGUCUUGGUGCCCGUGAACUGGACUGGACAAACACUAGAAACUAUCAAGGAUUUAACAUUCAGUGACAUUGAUAAACUCUCAAUAUCCAAUGUGCCGCCUGGAUCUAAAAGGUUUUGGGCACAUGUGGUAAUGGCAUAUAUUUUCUCAUUUUGGACAUGUUAUGUUCUAUACAAGGAAUACAAGAUUGUAGCAUAUAUGAGAUUGCAUUUUCUUGCUUCUGAAAAUCGUCGUCCAGAUCAGUUUACUGUUCUUGUGAGAAAUGUUCCUCCAGAUCCUGAUGAAUCAGUUAGUGAGCACAUUGAACAUUUCUUCUGUGUAAAUCAUCCUGAUCAUUAUCUAACACAUCAGGUUGUACACAAUGCAAAUAAGCUAGCAAAUUUAGUGGAGAAGAAGAAGAAAAUGCAAAACUGGCUUAUCUAUUGCCAAAAUACAUAUGAUAGGAAGCCAUCUAAAAGGCCAACUACAAAGACAGGUUUUUGGGGCCUUUGGGGGAAAACCGUGGAUGCUAUUGACCACUAUGCAACUGAAAUUGAAAAAUUGAGUGAAGAAGAAGCUGCAGAAAGAGAGAGAGUUGUGACUGAUCCUAAGGCCAUAGUUCCUGCAGCAUUUGUUUCCUUCAAAACCAGAUGGGGAGCAGCUGUGUGUGCUCAAACUCAACAAUCAAGUAAUCCUACCAUUUGGCUGACUGAAUGGGCUCCUGAACCACGUGAUGUUUAUUGGGAUAAUCUUGCAAUUCCAUAUGUUGAACUCACCAUUCGAAGGCUGCUCAUGGCUGUUGGUCUGUUCUUCUUGUUAUUCUUUUUUAUGAUCCCUAUAACAAUUGUUCAGUCUGUGGCCAAUAUCAACAGCAUUGGGAAGGUUUUACCUUUUCUGAAGCCAUUAAUAGAAAAGAAAGCAGUCAACUCUUUCAUUGAAGGUUUUCUGCCUGGGAUUGUUUUAAAGAUAUUCCUUAUUCUUCUUCCGACAAUUAUCAUGAUGAUGUCUAGAAUAGAAGGAUUCACAUCACUCUCAUCUUUGGAUAGAAGAUCAGCUGCAAAGUAUCAUUUGUUCUUGCUUAUCAGUGUUUUUCUUGGAAGCAUUAUUACUGGAACAGCGCUACAACAGCUUCAUACAUUUUUGAAUCAGGCUCCAACAGAGAUUCCAAAAAUUGUUGGUGUGUCAAUCCCAAUGAAAGCCACAUUCUUCAUUACUUAUAUAAUGGUUGAUGGAUGGGCGGGAAUUGCUGCAGAGAUUGUUAGAUUGGUUCCUCUGGUAGUGUUCCACCUAAAGAAUACGUUCUUGGUCAAGACAGACCAAGACAGGGAGCAGGCAAUGGAUCCAGGUUCAUUGGACUUCUCUACGUCUGAGCCUCGCAUACAGCUCUAUUUCUUGCUGGGACUUGUGUAUUCGGUGAUCACGCCAAUACUUCUUCCUUUCAUCAUUGUCUUCUUUGCCUUCGCCUAUGUGGUCUUUCGCCAUCAGAUGAUCAAUGUCUAUGGCCAAAAGUAUGAGAGUGGAGCAGCGUUCUGGCCUGGUGUUCAUCGUCGUAUAGUUAUUGGUUUGGUAAUAUCACAACUUGUAUUGAUGGGAUUGCUAAGCACAAAAGGAGAUGAACAAUCAACACCAUUCCUCAUUCCGCUCCCUAUUUUGACCAUUUUCUUCUAUCAAUUUUGCAAGGGGCUCUUUGAGUCGGCAUUCGUUAAAUUCCCACUACAGGAUGCAAUGGUGAAGGAUACAUUAGAACGGGCCAGAGAACCGAACCUAAACCUGAAGGCCUAUCUGAGGGAUGCUUACAUACACCCAGUUUUCAAGGGCUGUGGCUUUGAGCAACCAGCAGCAGCAUCAGCAUUGGAUCAUGAAGAGAGCCCACUUGUGCCCACCAAAAGGAGCUCGGAAAAGGGUAGUAACUGUGGUUCUACUGGCAAUUCUCAUACGGCAUUUCAGAUUCUGUGAGAUGGAAGAAAUAACCGUUCUUAGAAUGAUCUCACAGUAUGGUUUAUUCUUUCUCUUCUCUUCUUUCUUGAACUUGGGAGUGAAAACUGCCUUUCUACUGUCCACACAGAUGCACCACCAUUAAAGGGGAUAAGACAGUUGCUUAGCUCUCUCAGCCACAUGUAUAGGCUUUGAUAUGUGUCAAUGCCCAGGCCCCAAAUCAUCCAGAUUGCAUCAAUUUUAGCUUUAAUACGUGUCAAGUGUAUACA